AUGGAGGCCAGACAUUCCUACUUGGAUUUAGAGCCGGAUAUCGAGCGCCCCAAGCUGAGCGCGCAGAGCGUGCAUCAUGCGCCACACUUCUCGGCGACGCGUCAGCCAUGGAAGAGCUUCUUCAAGGCCCGGGUCCCUGAGAACGUGGAAGAGGCCACAAGCCGCCUCCGGAAGAACCUGCUCCACUUCCAGGCCAACUAUUUGGCUAUGACAGCAGCUCUUUUGGCUGCUUUGCAACUUAACAACCCGCUGGGCCUCUGCGCCACACUGCUGGUCUCGGUGCUUUGGGCCUUGGCGCCACAGCUCACCUCCGAGGCCUUAUCGCCACAGAGACUAGCACUCCUCGCAGCACUCUCUCUUAUGGUCCUGUACUUGGCGGCUGGAACCAUGCUUCUGAACUUGGCCUUCAUGAGCCUCCUCUUCAGCGGCCUGCAUGCCGCCCUACACCCGGGCUCCGUCGAGGUUGGGAACUUCGAUUUGAUCGAUGAGGUGCGAGCCAGUUCGUCCAGUUCGGGGGGGCUGCACAGCACAGAACAGCACCCAGGCGCAGGAUGA